GUUUGUAGCGGUCGAUGAUGUUGUUUUGGCUGUUCCGUUGGCGUCGUCUCUCUUGGCCCGCGAGAAUGCGGGAGUUUGCAACGGCCGCUUUUGUUGGAAUCGUUCAAAGCGCAGCCCCUGCAACGCAUCGCUUCCGCAACUGCUGAUGGAAGGUCGGCGGGUGCGGCAGGACCAUGAAGAUACGGACGGGCUCCCCGCCGGUGCACGUGCACGUGGACGAAGACACGCCGGUGCACGUGCACCUCAAGAAGACGCGCAAGCCCCGCGUGGGAGCCGGCGCCACGGAGGGACGAACCGUGGGGGGGCGAGCGGGGCGAGCGCACGGUCGACGCCGCGAGGACGGAGCCGCGGGCCGUGGAUUCCACCCGGAAAAACCUCCGUGCGGGACAAGACGUACGCCUGGGAGGGCCCCACGCACCGUCUGGAGAUCUCUCCCCCGCGGAGGCGCCGACAGCGGGCGGCACGCGGCCACGGCCUGCACGUGAGCGACCUCACCACCACGGACGUUGCGGACGGUGCCCCCGGGGGGAGGAGGGGGCGGAGGGGGAUGGGGAGGCCGCGACGGCGUUUGAGAAGACGGUGGACGGACUGCUGGCGCAGGUCAGCUCUCUGCAGGCCCAGGUGGACCAGGAGCGGCGGGACCGCGCUCGGGAGCGGGCGGCGAGCGAGGGGGCCGCGUGGGCGGCAGCGCCGCCGCGCCGGGGGGGCGGCCGCGGCCCCCUGCCCGGGGGACGUCGACCUCUCGCCCCACGAGAACGAGGGGCUGAGACGACGCAGCCUCGAGAUGCGCGCCGCGCCCAACGGGGACUCGGCGCGCACGCCUGGAGGCGGCGCCGAUGGCCGCGACCGCCUGCUGGGCCAGCUGCUGGAGGCCGAGGCCGUGGGGGCGUCGGCGGCCAAGCAGGUGGCGGCGCUCCGGGACUUUGUGUCACGCAUGAGACACGAGAAGGCUCUGAGCUGCUCGGACGUGAGCCGCAUCACGCGCCACAAGGAGCUGCUCAUGGAGAAGCUGGAGGAGUUUGAGGUCGCGAACAGAGCGCUGCGCAGGCUGCUGCGCAACGAGCAAGCCAGCGGGCUGGACGUGAUGCAGGUGAUGGAGCAGCGCGACCUUCUGCUGCGUAAGCUCACCCUGGCCGAGGCCGACAACGCGCGCCUCGCCACGCGACUGCAGGAGCUGGAGAAGGAGCUGAGCCAAGCAGCUGUGCAGCUGCAGCUGGAGAAGGACUCAGCUCGCUCGGCCACCGACGCGUCUAAGGGCCUGGAGGUGACGCGCGCUCACCUCCAGGGACAGUUGCGCAGCAAGGAGGCCGACAACGACCGGGCCGCCACGCAAAUACGGGGGCUGGAGCGAGCGCUGGAGCAGCAGAGGCUGGAGGCGGAGGCGCUGGCGGAGGAGGUGGCUCGGGCUCGCGAGCGAGGGGAGACUGACAAGGAGGCGCUGAAGAAGGCGACGCGGGCGCUGAAGACACGGGCGCAGCGCGGGGAGGACGCGGCGCAGCAGCUGCACGCGGAGCUCCUGGACAAGGAGGCGCAGCUGGCGAACGCGCUGGCGUCUGCGGAGGCGUGGCGGUCGCGCAACGGGAAGCUCUCCAAGGAGAAGUCGCAGCUGGAGAUGGAGGUGGCGACGCUCGGCGAGCGAGUGCUGGACGCGGAGCGGCAGGCCCGGGCGGCCGAGGAGCGAGCGCGGGCCGAGCGGGAGGCGAGCGUCGAGCGGCUCCACCGAGCCAACGGCGACGUCGCCAGCGCCCGGCUCCACGGGGAGCGCCUCAAGGCGGGCCUCUCAGCUGUGGAGGAGAAGCUCCACUUUGCCGAGUCGGAGGUGCAGCAGCUGACGGCCACCAUGAAGCAGUACGAGGGCCUGGUGGAUGGAUAUAAGACCCAGGUCACCAAGACUCGCGUGGAGGCCGACGAGUUCAAGGUGAAGCUGGACUUGGCGGAGAAGGAGAACCGGAGACUUCGCGACGAGAGCGGCCGGGAAGCCGAGCAGAUGCGGCGCUCGGUAGAGUCACGUCUCUCCCAGCUGGAGCCGCUGCCCGAGAUGCUGAAGGCCGCUGAGCUGCGUCUGCGCGACAGCGAGGCCACGCUGGCCACUGCGCACAGGAGGGAGGCCGAGCAGGCGUCCAGCCUGGCCGAGGCUCACGUCAAGGCGGAGCAGCAGGCGCUGCAGCUGGAGUCUGUGCGGGAGAGCGCGGCAUCGCUGCAGGAGGUGAAUCGUGAACUGCAGCUCAAGACCGACGCCUUGCAGAGGCGCGUGGAGGGCGCGGAGCAGCAGAGCCGCGAGCUGGCGCAGGCCGUGGCCCAGCGGGAGGAGUCGCUGGCGCUGGAGCGGCUGCGCGGAGAGGAGAGGGCGCGUGACGUGGCGGCGCUGUCUCGCCAGCUGGAGGUGGCGCUCGACGACGCUCGCAGACAGGUGGAGCAGGCUCGUGAGCGAGCGCAGGGCAAGGAGCGCGCCGCCCAGGCCAAGGCUCAGGAAUUGGAGGCUCAGCUGAGCCGCACUCGUGCAGAGGCCGCACAGCUGAGGCGUGCCAAGGACGACGCGGAACGUCGGCACGCGAGCCGCCUGCAGGACCUGCGUGACCGCCUGGAGCAGUCCGAGACGACGAACCGAAGCAUGCAGAGCUACGUGCACUUCCUCAAGACCUCCUACGCCAACGUGUUCGGCGACACGGCGCCGCUCGCCAGCUCGCCCGUGCGGGCGCGCUCGCCCGUGUGACGGCGGCGCCGGUCCACCCCUCACCGCCCCCCCCCCCCCCCCCCCCCCCCGGAAUGCUCAAUCGUUGAAAAACUUUUUGUUUAAUAUUGUUUCGUAUAUUUGUGUUUUCCACUGCACAACCGGGCCGUGCCGGGGCCAUGCUGAGCCGGCCCGACGCCGCGUCCUCACCGCGUACCGACCGGCUUGGCGCGCGCGGUGAAACGAGCAGGGACGCGCGUGGGUGACGCGGCGAGCGAGCGGAGACGCGUGUGGGCGCCACGGUGACGGCUCAUCCUCACCGCGUCCCGACUGACGUCACACACGCGGUGAACGAGCGGAGGCGCGCGUGGGUGACGCGGCGAGCGAGCGAGCGGAGACGCACGUGGCACUUAUUGGGGUUUGGUUCUGGCUCUGCCCGGCAAACAGCCAGUGGAAAACCACCCGUGCCGUGAGUGCACCGUGCCGGCUCGGCUAGGAUGUGGCCAGCAGAGAAUCGGUAACGGUUGGAGCGAUCGGCACAAACGGAAUUUGAACCAAAGCACGGGGAAAACAGCAAAUUUGUAAAAAGUAAUGAAAACAGAAUGGAAUGAAAUGCAGCAAAAUGCGCCGCUUAUCGGAUAGAGGUUUUCUAAUAAUGACAUUUAUAGAGCGCUUUUCAUCAAAGAUCUCAAAGCACUGUACAUGACAGCAACAGCAGACACUGGGCAUAAAAAUAAUAUAAAUACAUUUUAAAAAUAAUUUCUUAAAUUAGCAAAAAAUUUACAAACGGAAGCUUAUUAAAUUUAGGUUUGAAGGGGCAAUUCAAAAAUGUCCAAAGACUCAGAGAGAUCCCUCUUGAUUCCUCGCGGAAGAGCGUUCCAUCGCCUGGUGGCUACACGGGGAAAAUCUCCAUCUCCCACCGACCGAAAGCUUCGACCGGGGAAUGCAGAGAGAAGAUUUGCAUCCCCAGAUCUUAGGGAACUUGAGGGGACACAUGGUGGUUGAAGCAUGUCAAUGAUGUAGCCUGGGGCAAGAUGGUUCAUUGCUUUGUAUAUACGUCUGGCCAGAUGGUAUGCUUUGGUUUCAAUAUAUUUAAUAUCUACUCCGUGUUCGAUAUGUCUGUACAUGUGUUUUUUUACCGUCACGCGUGUUGCUUAGCCUCUGUGGGUAUUUGACGCUUCCGCCGUUGUACUUGAUGUGAAUACAGUGAGUGGUUCCUGUUACACCCAGGUCUGACUCGGUAGUGUGCCGUACUUCGUAAAAGUCUGCGACUCC